GUAGUUGAAAUUCAUUCUUCCCAUCGGUUCCAGCAAGCGACUCGUGUGCACGCUGCAGGGGAGAUCGCGUAACAUCUGUUUUAUUUAACAGAAAAAAAACCCGUCUUGCUCCGUUUGCAUUGUAGCUGUCUGUUGUUAUUACUAGCUGUACCGUUUCUGCAGCGCUGCACAGUGCGUUUUUUCGCUUUAGUAUAACUUGCAUGCGUUUGUGCGUCUGGUUUAAUUGAAGCAGCCUAUAGCUUAGAAUUAUGAGCUGCCGUUUAAAUACACGUUGAAUUGCACCACUGAAAUAAAACUGUCAUAGCAACUCGACAAAAUAACGUUUAGACCUUCAGGUGCCGGCUGUUUAAAACGAUAGCGAUAUAAUUCUGGUGCGUUCAUCGUUGUUUUUUUUGUUUUUUUUUAAAUGUAUUUUACGAUUUGCCAGCGCAACAGAUACUUGGUGCCCUGAGGCUGUGCAAUUUAUUUAACAAGUUACGUUUUUAUCGUUUCGCUGUGUGUGCGUUCAUACGUCUGCCCAUUUUUCAGUUGGUCCCCCCCGCCUCCCCCCCCCCCCUCUCUAUAUUUGGGAAGAGGUAGAAUAGAGCAUUUAUCUUUUAAUACUAACUGGGUUUUAAAACAUUAAUUCAAAAGUCGUUUUAUUUUAUUUUUUUGUAAAAAAAAAAGGGAGAAAUUAACGGCUUCUGCUCUCCGGUGGCUGCACUUUAGUUUUGGGUGACGAUGGGCUGUGCGCUAUCGGGGCCCGGGGUGAACACCGGGAGCAGACCCGCCCCAGAGGCGAACGAAUCCGGAUCAGGCACUGACACAGGGACCGGGUCCCGGUUGAAAUCGGAGCCGCUCCCGCUUUCUGAAGCACAGAAAGAUUUAAUUCGGGAAUCUUGGAAAAUCCUUCACGAGGACAUCGCGAGAGUGGGGAUUAUCAUGUUUAUCAGGCUGUUUGAGACCCACCCGGAGUGUAAGGACGUCUUCUUCAUGUUUCGAGAGAUCGAUGAUCUUCAGGAGCUCAGGAUGAGCAAGGAACUGCAGGCACACGGUCUCAGGGUGAUGUCCUUCAUUGAGAAGAGUGUGGCCCGACUAUCUCAGGAAGAUAAGCUGGAGCAGAUCGUGUUUGAGCUGGGGAGGAGCCACUGUCGUUACAGUGCAUCCCCCAAGUACUAUGAGUAUGUUGGGGUGCAGUUUAUCAGUGCAGUGAAACCGAUCGUAAAAGAAAACUGGACCCAAGAAGUAGAGGAGUCCUGGAAGAGCCUGUUUUCGUAUCUGACGGCGGUGAUGAAAAGGGGUUACCAUGAAGAGGAGAGGAAAAAUGGAGUCAACAAGACAAACUACGGGACCCAAGCGCUGUCCGUGUGGCCUGGGGGUGCCAGCGCCAUGCAUAAUAACGUCUGAGCGCCCCUUCCUGCAGA